UUCCAAAGCGCCAAAAUCAAAACAUGUCGCGCUAGGUUUUGAUCCAAAACAACUCUAUAUAAAGCCACAAAACUUGCAAGACCUGGACUCCAAAAUUUGCGAUCGUUCUCAUAUCUGAGUUUUCUUCUGCUGCUAAAAAGGUUUUGCAAUCAUUCUUGUCGUUGAGUUUUCUUCUGGGGACCCUCUCUACUACCGCUGAAAAGAAAUGAGUAGACUUGGAGGAAACGAGGUCAAAAACCGAAAACCAAAUGGAAAGAAUGAAGGAAAGAGCAAAGGAAAGGCUGAAGGCAAGAACUAUUUGUAGUGGAAUUUAGAUAUGGAGCAUGCUUUGGCUAAUAUACUUCGUGAGGAACGAGGUCUGGGCCAUAAAGGAGAUAAUGGUUGGAAAGCUGUAGCUUAUAAUACAGCUGCUGAUAUUUUAUCUGCACAGUUUGAUAUUCAAAUAUCUGCUGACAAUAUAAAAAACCGUGUGAAAUCAUGGAUAAAGUUCUACGGAAUUGUUAGUGAUAUCUUAAGCCAAAGUGGAUUUAGCUGGGAUUCCUCAACACAAAUGAUAAGCAUUGAUGAAAACAGUGUAUGGGAAGAAUAUGUGAAGUCUCAUGAUGAAGCUAUAAUCUUUCGGUUUAAAAGAAUCCCAAAUUGGGAUGAUAUAGUUGAUUUGUGUGGCAAAGAUAGAGCCAUUGGAGAGGGUGCUGAAACAGGUUUCGAAGCCACUGAGGUUAUGACUCCUCCUGCUAAUGAAGAUAAUCAUGUCGAUUUGGAAGGUGAUGACCAAGCAUCAGAAGAUAUUCACAUCAUUGAGAACAUUUCACCGAACCAAGCAAGUUCUCAGAAAAAGAGAAAUGAAGCAAUAGUCUCUUCUAGUGUACCUCCUCCAAAGAGAAGAGUUACAACUAAAGAUGUCUUGGGUACUUCUGUGGAUAGAAUGGCUUCAUCUUUUGAAGAACUCAUUCGCGCUACUACAAAAAGUCUUGCCCCGAAAGAUGUAUGGACAGAAAUCAUGGCAAUAACAGAUCUUUCUAGAGAAGAACAAAUAAAAGCAUGCGCUUGGUUUAUAGAGAACGACAAACAGUUUCUCAUGUUGAAAGAAGUCCCAGUGGAAAUGAAAAAAGAUAUGGUGUUGAUAUUUAUUUCAUAUGGAUCUGCAUAGGAUCUCUUGUUAACAUGAUAAGAGCUGGUACUUUUUUUUUUUUUUUAGAAAAUUAUUUUUGCUCAUUUAGUAUUGUUAGAACAUAAAUUUGG